AUGUUUCACAGGUUGUGGGGAACGAGGAGAAGUGUCGCCAGUGCAAGACUAGACGUGGAAAGAUGCAGGGGGCCAUCUCCUGAUGAUAUUCCCGAUGUCAUGGCAGACUACCUACAGCAGGCUGGCUUCCUACAUGUCGCCCGCAUGCGGCAUGUUCAGAUUGAUCCCAUGUUGAUCAGUGCUCUGGUGGAGAGGUGGAGACCAGAGACACACACGUUCCACAUGACGCAGGGCGAGAAGACCAUUAUGUUACAGGAUGUUACGGCUAUAUUGGAAUUGCCGACUGAUGGGAAAGUGGUUACGGGUGCUACAUCCACGAACGAGCGAGUCCUGUGCGAGGAAGUGCUUGGCCACGCCCCGCUCGUUUCAGAGCAGCCGUACGGGGAUGUCAAGCUCUCAUAUUUAGACAGACAUUACGCGCAUUUGGGUGCAAGUGCUGCGGAUCCACAGCAGGUUAUAUUUUUUACUAAGGCACACAUUGCGCGUAUGUUGGGAUCAUGGCUUCUCUGCGACAAAUCUGGAGGUAGCGUCGUCGGAUGUCGCUACAUUGCGUUGCUUGCAGGAGAUUUUGAUGACAUUGGUCAAUACAGUUGGGGAUCUGCUGUUCUCGCACAUUUGUUUAGACAAUUGUGCGAGAUUACUGACCCGCGCAGAUCAAACAUGGGUGGGUGUCAUAUACUGCUGCAGAUAUGGGCGUGGACCAGGUUUCCACCUAUUGCUCCUCCUCUUCCUCAGCUUACUCACCCAGAGUGGCACUUCGGGCACCGGUUUAAUGGUUUAAUUGAUAGUCUGGAGAUAUUUUAUUUCGCGACUACUCCUGAGCAUUUUGAGACCUUCAAUUUAGACUGGGUUCAUGAGGAGAUUGGGUGCUUAAUUCCUGUAUUCAGAGAGUCCUCCAGGGUGGAGGAGCCAGGAUCACAAGCUCCCCCGGCCCAGACACUGGAUGAGCCUCGAAUAUCUCUUGACAUUCGGUUUUGA